UAUAAUUCUUCUCUUUUCCUCCCCCCAGAGACCCCCCCGGCCGCCCUUUGCUUUCCUUUGUUCCUGUGGCUGGGGGGGGUAUCUCCGGCCACAACAUGGAGCCGGCUCCUCUGUCACCCAGUGGGGCCGCGCUCCCGCUGCCUCUCUCACUGGCCCCACCGCCUCUGCCGCUGCCAGCAGCUGCAGUGGUGCACGUGUCCUUCCCCGAGGUGACCAGUGCCCUCCUGGAGUCCCUCAACCAGCAGCGCCUCCAGGGUCAGCUCUGCGACGUGUCCAUCCGCGUGCAGGGGCGGGAGUUCCGUGCCCACAGGGCUGUCUUGGCCGCCUCCUCUCCUUAUUUCCACGACCAGGUCUUACUCAAAGGCAUGACCUCCAUCUCACUCCCGAGCGUCAUGGACCCGGGUGCUUUCGAGACUGUGCUAGCCUCAGCCUACACAGGCCGCCUCAGCAUGGCCGCUGCUGACAUUGUCAACUUCCUCACGGUGGGGUCGGUCCUCCAGAUGUGGCACAUUGUGGACAAGUGCACCGAGCUCCUUCGGGAGGGUAGAUCCUCAGCCGCCACCACCACCACCGCUGUCACCGCUGCUGCAGCCCCCUCUGUCUCCGUCCCUGGUGCCAGUGUCCCAGGAGGGAGCGGGGGCAACGCAGCGCCGGCCACCAUGGGCUCUGUCCGCUCCCAUACCUCCAGCCGGGCCAGUGAGAACCAGUCACCCAGCAGCAGCAACUACUUCAGCCCCAGGGAGUCUACUGACUUCUCCUCUCCCUCCCAAGAUGCAUUUGUGGCCUCAGCAAUGGGCGGUGGGACCCGUCGAGAUGGCGGCCCCGUGUUCCCAGUCCCUGUGGUCGGCAGCGCGGGUACCAGCUCUGGGAAGUUGCUGCUGGAGGCAGAUGAGCUGUGUGAUGACGGUGGGGAUGGGAGAGGGGCUGUGGCCCCCGGGGGUGCGCCCCGGAGGCCUCCCUGCAUGCCUGCCAGCGCAGGGCCACAGAAACACUGGGUGUACGUGACGCGGGGUAGGAAUUGCCCUGCACCAGCAUCGCUGGUUCACCACGACCCCGACCUAGAGGAUGAAGAAGAGGAAGAUCUGGUGUUGACUUGUGAGGAUGAUGAGGAUGAAGAACUGGGGGGUGGCGCUGGGGUGCCUGCAGGGGGAGAGCCCGAGCCGACCCUCAGUAUCAGCGAUGUGCGGACCUUGACGGAGCCUGCAGACAAGGGGGAGGAGCAGGUCAACUUCUGUGAGUCCUCCAAUGACUUUGGCCCCUAUGAUGGUGGGGGCGCUGGGGCGGGGCUAGAUGACGCAGGAGGACCCACCCCUUCCUCCUAUGCCCCCACGCACCCGCCGCGACCCCUCCUUCCACUGGACGUGCCUGGCAACCAGAUCUUGGUUUUCCCGUCCUCCUCUUCACAGGCUCCUGGGCAGCCACCAGGAAACACAGUAGAACACGGGGCAGUGACCCUUGGGGGCACCUCUUCGGUGGGGCUGGGCAUACCUAGUGGCUCUGGUGGGGCCCCUGGAGGGACGGGCAGCAGCGACGGGAAUAAGAUCUUUCUGUGCCACUGUGGGAAGGCUUUCUCUCAUAAGAGUAUGCGGGACCGGCACGUGAACAUGCAUCUCAACUUGCGACCCUUUGACUGCCCCGUGUGCAACAAAAAGUUCAAAAUGAAACACCACCUGACCGAGCACAUGAAGACACACACGGGUCUCAAGCCCUACGAGUGUAGUGUCUGCGCCAAGAAGUUCAUGUGGCGGGACAGCUUCAUGCGUCACCGGGGACACUGUGAGCGCCGGCACCGGAUGGGCGCAGGCGGUGCUGGAUCGGGACCCGGGGGACCCGGACCCGGACCCGGACCCGGACCCGGGCCAGGGGCAGCUACUGGGCCAGCACUGCAACCCAAGAAAGAAUCCUCAGUGGGUGGGGUCAGUGGCGAUGAGGCAAAUUCGGCCACACCCCCGUCCCAUAGGCGUGUUUGGUCCCCACCCAGCGUGCACAAGGUGGAGAUGGAUUUUAGUGGGGGCGGAGGAGUACACUGAAGGGCAGGCAGUUGGGGAGCUAAGUCUAAGGGCAACGUGGCCCUCGUAGCUUUCCCCACCACACUGCCUUCCCUUUUCUCUGUGGACUUGUAUAUAUUCUAGAGAGGGCAUAGGUGGCAACAUCGCCAGUCGGUUCCAUUCCUCAGCCCCUUCCUCCCUCGCUGUUCCCGGAACUAAGCCUUCUCGCCUGGGCACACCACAGCCCUGCCACGGAGUAGGGCUAACAAGGUGGGGAAACGGAAAGGGGGCAUUUUGAGCAUCCUGGAGUCCCGCGGUCAGGUUGUGCUAGUUUGUGUCUGAUCUGUGUUUGUGUUGUGGGCCGAGGCCUCCGGGUCUUACGAUGGCCCUUUCUCCUCCAGAAGGAUGCGCCCCUCAUUUCUGUACUACCCCAAUCUUGUCAUGGGGAAUCCCCCAUUGGGUUUUCGUGAAAGUGGGUGGAGGCGAGGAGCGAGUCGCAUAGUAUAGGUUUAAAAUUUUAACGGUGAUUAAAAAUAUUUAUUGGUCACUUCACUUGUCUU